CUCCGCUCUUCGACAAACAUAGCAACUCCCAGCGCGAAGAGCAAGUAGCCCCGGUCAGGCUUCAGCUAUGGAGGUCCACAGCGACGAAGAUGUGCCAGCCGAAGAAGAGCUACCACCGAAGCCCCUUCCAUUGGCCCACAGGCUGGUUCCCGUCGGCGCCGCCCCCGUAAAGCCGGGCAACAUUCCCCCAGCCCCAGAGUACGAGAAUGACUCUGUGUAUCCCGAGGAUGCCGUGGCAAAAGAGAACAAGCACGCCAUGCAGCCUCCUCAGCACAAAACGAGCCUGACGUUCAUAUUCGGCCUGGCCGUGGUCAUCAUCACCUUGACUGCUGUUGCCGCCUUGUACGCGAUGGAUCCAGCCAGGAACGUCGUGUCAGCCGCGACGACGACCCUGGAACCCUCCAACAUAACCGGCAUCAACGUCACCGGGAAAGCCCUUGUUGACGAUUGAGUGAAGACUGCUGAGGCGUUAAUAAUGUAGACUGUCAUCACGUAUAUGAAAAAGAAAAUCUGCUGCCAGCGCUUAUACGGCAGACAAUGGGACGCUUCGGCAGUUCACGUAUUUUUUAAUGCAACAUGUUGUAGCACUUACGUUCACACGCUGUUAUUGUUCAGGGUACGCGACGUACACUUAUUAACGUGGUAGAAUAAAUGUACGUGAGAGCUCG